AUACUUCAUGCUUAACUUCUCAUACUUGCUCUUUUCGAAUCAUCAAGUCCAACGGAAACCCGUCUCUAAUGCAGGUGAUCCGCAGGCAUGAGCCAUGUCCUCAUUGACCCCACCCGGCGAACUUGACGGAGGCCGUAUCCCAAAAGCAUGCCUGCCUUGUGCCCGGGCUAAAGUCCGGUGUGAAAUUAGUGCUGGACAAGAGACGUGCAACCGGUGCCGACGUCUGAGAAAAAACUGCGCCGAACAAGCACCCGGUGCUCAUCGACACAAGUCACUCGGGAAAGCCAAGGUUGCCAGACUCGAAGAGAGAUUGAAUGGAGUAACUUCCAUUCUUGCUGCUUCUCAAAUUGCCACGUCUGGAUUGAGUCCUCUUCCUGCGGCAGGAACGCCUGAUUGUGCUCCUUCAGCAUGGAUCGAUAUAUUUGUCAAAAACGACAUCGAAGCAAACACCAUGUUGCAGACUUACCGGAGCGAAAUGCAACCUCUCUUUCCAUUCGUGGUCACCUACCCAGGAACAACAUUUGCUGAGCUGAGGCAGCAGAAGCCCCUACUCGUACUUGCUAGGUUGAUGGUCAGCUGUCGACAUGAUCAAUCACGACAGCUAGCAAUUGCACGGAAAUUGCGAGAAUUGAUCAGCUAUAUGAUGUUGAUUAAGGGAGAAAGGAGUCUCGACAUCCUCCAAUGUCUCCUCGUGUAUUUGAGUUGGUAUCAACUGCAUGUUGACCUAAGUUCACAGGUGGGCAAUCUGGUCCAUCUCAUCAUGGCGAUGGUAACAGACCUUGGCCUCAACAGGGCAGCCAUCUCACCAGCUCCAGCCGCUCUAGCUCUACGUAAUCCAAACAUUGCUGUUGUGGGGCGGACAACAAGGAGCCUGGAAGAGCGCAGGACAUUUCUCGGCGCCUUCUUCCUCACUUCUAUAGCUUCAACCUGUCACCGAGACAUGUACCCAUUACAACACUCCCCAUACGUGGACGAAUGUUGUCAAGCUAUAUCCACAGCUGCGGAGUAUUUGACCGACAGCGAUGUGGUUCACUUAACACGUCUUCAUUGUAUGGCUGACAAAAUCUCCCGCUCAUUGACGCCAGACCUGUGGCACACAACAUCUGUCUUCAGCUCUGCUCCUCUGGAUGCUUGUGUCAAGUCGUUGCAGUGGGAGCUGCUACAGCUGAGAAGCUCCUUGCCAGAAGAAGAUGGUCAAAGUGAAGCUAUUCUCCAUACGCAUCACUACGCCAUCGAGAUGUUCUUGUACCAGACCGCGCUAUAUGAUAACAUUAAUCCUUCACUAUAUGGGACGCACCCUUUUUCACGCCUUCACAUACUCUACGCCUGCUUGGAGUCCACGAAGCACUGUUUGGAGACGGCAUACACUCUUCCUCCCUCCCAAUGGUUCGACCUUCCCUGGAGCGUAUGGUCUCUACUGGGUCAUGCCAUUGUUGUUUUAUCUAAGCUGUCCCUCCUCAAGUUCGAAGGAUGGGAUCGAGAACACGUUUCAAAAACUAUGGACUUCUCUGAAACCAUGGACGCCCUUCAGCAGCAACUCGACACAGCCAAAGCUUGGGUUGAAAACCAGUCAACCAAACAUGGACACGAUCAAUUUACAAGAGUGGUACCACAGCUGUAUUCGGCGUUUUCAGCUAAAUUGAAGCGGGUCAAAGCAUCUCACGAAGCAAAAUUGGCUCAAACGAUGAUCGCUUGCCCGAUGUCGGAUCUGGCAGACACUCUUGCGAUACCAGCAGACGACGAUUUUGCCAUACCGUCCACAACGUUCUUCGGCGAUUUUCUCCAUGAGAGCCUGUGGGAGCACUUUACUUGA